AAUGGACGCGAAAGAGGCCAUGGUCACUAACGCUUCAUACCACGCUGACCUUCUCGCGACCAUAGCAUCGUUAGCAAACGUCGCCACCGAGCGCCAGCGCCAGGCAGUGUACAUCAAGGAUCUCAAAUGGCAGUUGGCCGCAGGAAAGAUGUCGAUAGGAGAGCUCGCAGAGCAGACGAAGAACGCAAGGAAGGAACACGAGGCGCUUAGGGACUCGACGGCCAAGCGGUUCGCAGCGUUCUUGAAAGGGAAUAAGGAGAAGAAAGAGAGUGAGGAAGAGUGGGCGUACGUCGAGGCUUUGGAACGCGAGAUGAACGAGCGAGAGAACCAGAAUCAAACCAGCAAGCUUCUUGACGAAGCGAGAGCAAAGAUGGCCGACCUGACGGAGAAACAGACGCUGUACGACUCGGCAAAGACUGCGCUGCAGGUUCUCUACCACAGCAUCUUCGAUGGCCAGACGGAAGAGUUUCCCGAGGACGACGGCAUCGAAGACGCUCUCAACACUGCUAUCAGGCGACGCGAGGAUCUACAGAAGCAAGUGAAAUCAGAAAGCCGUGCCGAAGAGCUCCUCGGACGGGCAGCGGUCUGCAUGGGGAGCUGCCAUGGCUACGUGCAGGAGGCUCUACGUCAGCCACAAAAGCCGCCGUCCCUAGUCAGCACGACGGAGCGCCAUGCUUUGGAGCGCCACGCUUUGAAUAACGCUCGUGGAUGUGUGAUACAGUCGGAAAGGUUUGUCGAGGAGGCCAAAAGAGCCUCUCGUGCUGUGAAAUCCAUUAGAAGAGUAUACAUCGCGGGGGGGUCCACGACAGGUGACAUCCUCUUCGAUAACAUCUUCCCAGAGCUUGCGAGGUACGUGCAAAUCAAGCAAACGUUGACCGACGUGUCAACCCACACCCAACAGCUCACGGAGGAACGAGAUGCUGCACGCCGACGCGCCAACGAAGCACGCCACGAAUUGGUAAAUGAAGCAAACUCGGUCGCCACGCUCCGGAAGGAACUGUAUGAGUUCAGGCGCGCGACCUUCGAGAGCUUCGUGGCACAGAUCCCGCCCUCUGGACCCCCGCCCGGCUACGACGAUGUUGGAAGCACAGGUAGGGAUCCACCAUA